AUGAAUGCCGCAAUCACGGCUGCUAGAGCUGAACAACGGGAACCAGACCCACUUGAUGAUUCCACCAAGAAGCAAGGCAUCCGGCUCGAUCUCGUGGCGUAUAUCGAUCCCAAACUGUGGAAGUUUAGCGGGAAGCUUACGUGGGCGCUGUAUUAUGUGAAGACCAAGGUGCGUCAAUGGUUCGAAGACCGGAAAUGGUUAGAGCAGGAUUGGCGAAAGAUUGCCUCAGAUGUGGACUUCCUUGCUGUGGAGACUGGAACAAGCGGUUUGUCUUCGGACGCUGUGCGCGACCGACAUUGGGUCAUUGCAAAUGAGGUCAUUUCGAAGUUCGCGUUAAUACGCCUGAGUGCUGAAUUUGUGACGCCUUCUAGAGGGUGCUUCAUCACAUUUGAAAACGCGGUGGGUGGCCUGUGUAAAUGCUGGAUGAAUAAUAGCCGAAUUGACUUCUGCUUUGAGGUCAUUGGUUCCACGGCAGACAAAUGUUACGUGCUGUCAUCGCACACGACGUCUACUGGGUGGCCAAAGACACCAAAGAAACUUAUAACCAAUACCAAGUUUAUCACCCAGCCGGUCAACUUGAAAAGGAGCCAUUGGGGAGUCGUAAUCACGACAUUACACUAUAUGGAAAGUGCCGAUACCGUACAGGUACAUCCCUAUCUGUAUGAGCCCCUCAUCGACGAAAAGUACCACGACGAAAUGGAGGAAGUUUGGAAGGGCAUUAACGACCAGGACGAUAAGGUCGUUAUGGAAGGGCUUCGCGAUUUCGUGACGAGAUGGUGGUAA